AGUACAGUAGCAGCGACUGCGUUAGUUGAGUGUGCGUGUUGGGUGUGUAGUCCUGCGUGUGUGUGUAAUUUCAGUAGGAGAUAUUCGUUUAUUAGUGGAAAAAUUUUUUCGUUGGGUGUCGCUAUAUUUCUCGGUUAAAUGUUUGUUCUUCGUAGACUUUCUGUUAUAUCUACUCAAUAUUUGAACAAAAAUGGCUUUCCACAUAUGAGACCAGCCUCUUGUUGGACUGGGAAUGAAUCAUUAAGUGAAGAUGAUCCUGAAAUGUGGGCAUUGAUUCAAGAAGAAAAGAAAAGACAGAAGAGUGGUUUAGAAUUAAUUGCUUCGGAGAACUUCUGCAGCCGAGCAGCACUUGAAGCCCUCGGUUCAUGCCUGAAUAACAAAUAUUCGGAAGGUUACCCAGGACAAAGGUAUUAUGGAGGAACUGAAGUCAUUGACAAAAUAGAACUAUUGUGCCAGAAACGAGCAUUAGAAGCAUUUUCUCUAGAUCCAGAGAAAUGGGGUGUAAACGUUCAGCCUCUGUCAGGUUCACCUGCCAACUUUGCUGCAUAUACUGGCUUGAUGCAGCCACAUGACCGCAUCAUGGGACUUGAUUUGCCCCAUGGAGGACAUUUGACCCACGGUUUCAUGACAGAGUCUAAAAGGGUAUCUGCAACUUCUGUUUACUUUGAAUCAAUGCCUUAUCGCCUAGAUACUGAAACUGGCCUAAUAGAUUAUGACCAGUUGAAAAAGAAUGCACUUCUAUUUCGUCCAAAGGUAAUAAUUGCUGGAACAUCAGCAUAUUCACGACUGCUGGACUAUGAAUGCUUCAGAAAGAUCUGUGACUCAGUUAAAGCAGUGUUGAUGGCAGAUAUGGCUCACAUUUCUGGAUUGGUUGCUGGUGGUGUUAUCCCAAGUCCAUUUGAAUAUGCUGAUAUUGUAACAACGACCACACACAAAACACUUCGUGGAGCAAGAUCUGGCUUGAUUUUCUAUCGACGUGGUGUAAAAGGUACUGAUAAGGCUGGAAAAAGUAUACUGUAUGAUUUUGAAUCUCGCAUCAAUGCAGCUGUGUUCCCAUCACUUCAGGGUGGCCCACAUAACCAUGCCAUUGGUGCAGUGGCUGUAGCAUUAAAACAGGCCUGUACACCAGAGUUCAGAAAAUAUCAAAACCAAGUUCUUCUGAAUGCGAAAGCCUUGGCAAAAGGUUUACUUGACUGUGGUUAUUCUCUGGUAUCAGGUGGAACAGACACACAUCUGGUGCUUGUGGAUUUACGAUCAAAGAACCUUGAUGGUACACGAGUGGAGACUGUUUGCAACAAGUGCAAUAUUACAGUAAACAAAAAUACUUGUCCAGGAGAUAAGAGUGCAAUGACACCCAGUGGUCUGAGAUUAGGUGUUCCUGCUUUAACAUCACGGCAGUUCAAAGAGAAAGAUUUUGAGAAGGUUGUGGCAUACAUUAAUAGAGCUGUUGAGAUUGCUGCUGAGACAUCGUCAAAGUCUGGUCCAAAGAUAAAGGAUUUCAAGUUGUGCAUGAUGAAUGAUGCUGACAUAUCACUGAAGAUACAACAAUUGAAGGAAGAAGUAUGCAAUUUUGCAUUGAGUUACCCGAUGCCUGGAUUUGAUGAUCAUUAAUUAAAGGCAGACUAACUGUACUCUGUACACUUAAUCACAAAUGUGAUCUGAUGCAUCAUGCUGAAUCUCGUACAUUUUGUACUGCUUUGCUUAUUAUCUGUUAAUUUUCGACUGAUUUUUUUUUUUUUAAUACAU